AUGAUACGAGCAUUUGGUAGUGAAGUUGAACAAACACCCGAUAGCCUCUACAAAGUUCAUCCCUUGAAGAGUGCAGCAUUACAUAAAAUGUUCUCAGAAAAUGAGAUUUCAUUGUCAUGGAAUUUAAUUCCUUGCGCCUCAUCCGCCCUGUUCACUCGCACCACUUUUCUAACGUUCUCGAAGAAGAAAAAAGUCAUUUGUGCCAUUCAAAAUAUAAAACAUGUUUUGCAAAUUAUGAGGAAACACCAAAGCACGCUCUUGCAAGCUCAAAAUUUAUCAAAGCUUAUAAAUCUACGUGGAUUAAAAAAUAUUGUACGAUGUAAUUAUUGCUGA